CCACAUCGGUGCCCCUAAUGCUCUUUCUUGUCCCGCAGAAGAGCUAUGAAGCGCAAUGUCCGGCUGAGGUGCCCCUUCCGCAAGGGGACCUGCGAGAUCACCCGGAAGACACGGCGGCAGUGCCAGGCCUGUCGUUUGCGCAAGUGCCUGGAGAGUGGCAUGAAGAAGGAGAUGAUCAUGUCGGAUGCCGCUGUGGAGCAGAGGCGGGCCUUGAUUAAGAGGAAGAAGAGGGAAAAGAUCGAGGCUCCACCGUCUGGGGGGCAGGGGCUGACUGAAGAGCAGCAGGCGCUGAUCCAGGAGCUGAUGGAUGCUCAGAUGAAAACCUUUGACACCACUUUCUCCCACUUCAAGGAUUUUCGGCUGCCUGCGGUGUUUAACAAUGGCUGUGAGCUCCCAGAGUUUCUGCCGGCCUCGCUGUUGGAAGACCCCGCCACGUGGAGCCAAAUCAUGAAAGACUCCGUUCCAAUGAAGAUCUCUCUGAAGCUGCGGGGAGAGGACGGCAGCAUCUGGAACUACCAACCCCCCUGCAAGAGCGACGGCAAAGAGAUCAUCCCUCUGCUGCCACACCUGGCGGACGUGUCAACCUACAUGUUCAAGGGUGUCAUCAACUUCGCCAAGGUCAUCUCCUACUUCAGGGACCUGCCCAUUGAGGACCAGAUUUCCCUGCUGAAGGGAGCCACUUUUGAGAUGUGCCUACUGAGGUUCAACACGAUGUUCGACACAGAGACUGGAACCUGGGAGUGCGGUCGGCUGGCCUACUGCUUCGAAGAUCCUGAUGGUGGCUUCCAGAAACUUCUCUUGGAUCCGCUGAUGAAAUUCCACUGCAUGCUGAAGAAGUUGCAGCUGCACAAGGAGGAGUACGUGCUGAUGCAGGCCAUCUCCCUCUUUUCCCCAGACCGUCCUGGUGUGGUGCAGCGCAGUGUGGUGGACCAGCUGCAGGAGCGAUUUGCCCUCACCCUGAAGGCCUACAUUGAGUGCAGCCGGCCAUAUCCUGCCCACAGGUUCCUGUUCCUGAAGAUUAUGGGUGUCCUCACUGAGCUGCGCAGCAUCAACGCCCAGCAGACCCAGCAGCUGCUGCGCAUUCAUGACACGCACCCCUUCGCCACCCCCCUCAUGCAGGAGUUAUUCAGCAGCACAGAUGGCUGAGUGGCUGUCCCUGGGCGGAGAGCUCAUGGGACAGCCAGAUCCAGGCAUUCUGUAUUGUCACUUCGAGGGCUAGACAGACGGACACAUUGAGCGCCAACAAUGCCUUAUGACUGCAGCUGACGGGAAAAGGACAUGAAGCCCCAAGUUCAGCCUGUGGCAAGUGCUGGCCUUAUAGGUUAGCCCCAUCCUUGUGCUUGGGAAGAAAUCUCUGAAUCCCACUAAAUUCUAGUGUCGGGUGGGAAGGAAGGGACCAGGCCAAGUUAUGUAAGGGUGUACAUACCCCACACAUUCCCAGCCCCCAAGCUUCCUCUUUUCCGGACCUCAGCUCAGCAUCAGGCUCGUCAGUGCCACUGCUGAGAGCCAGGAGCUGGUCAUGACCUUGUUCUGGCCACAUCACUCAGGUCCUGCAUCUGAGCAAACACUGCUAAUCACCAACAACCCGACUGCUGUAAGGGAUACAGUGUGGGCUCAGAUGUGGAUCCCAACCUCAGAGUUCAUGAAGAAUGCAGAUGUGCACAUGACAUACAGUCAGGGAGCUUUAUGUGGGUUCUGGUUCCGAAUGCAAGGUGCUUGUCGAGGAAGGGGUGGGAACUGUGGCUGUGGGUGGGGACCUGUACGUGACUUAGUGUGGGUACGUCUGCUCCCGAGGGUCUGGCUUGUUCCCAAGAUGGAGCACUGGGGUUACCUAUGAUAAGGCAUCAGUGACAGACAAUAAACACGUGAAAGCAGAAUUACCUGUGUACACCGAACUCCCAAGUACACUCGGGUCCUCAGAGCUGAAGUGUAUGGAAGCAUCUGCCUCACUUGUAAUAGUCUGUAGAGCUGUCAUGCCUCUUCACAAGCUAUGCCUUACUGCCACACAAGGUAUUCCAAGCUAGGAACUAAGCAAGUAUGUUCCUGGGUUUAACUUAAGAUCAAGACAAGAGGAUUUCAGUAAUGAAAUUCUGGGUAGAGAUAUAAAACAUAUUUUAAAAAAGAUUUAUUUUUGCUCUCUGUGUGUGUGUGUGUGUACGGAUGCCCAAGGAGGUCAGAAGAGGGCGCUGCGUUCCCUGGAGCUGUAGUUAGAGGUGGUUGUGAGCCACCUGAUGUGGAUGCUCGGAACUGAACUCUGGUCCUCUGGAAAAUCAAGUGCUCUUAAACCGCUGAGCCAUCUCUCCAGCCCCUAUUUUUUGACCUUUUUUUCUGGGAAAGAAAAAAAAAAUGUGAGAAUGAGAAAACAGAAAUAAAAAACAGAGCCAGGCGAGACUGAGGUAAGAAUACAGGGCAGUCUGGGGAAACAGAGAGACAGUAUCCCAAAGCACACAUACACAGCUGUACUCUUCUGAGUUCAGCAUUGCUCUUUAUAAGCCUGACCAUCUGCCUUUACGACAGAAAAACGAGCUAUUCGCCUAAUUAGCUUUUGUGCUUGAUUAUUAUAUAUAAAAAUAUAUACAUGCCAUAAUAGAAAUGUAGUUACUGUGUGAAAAUACUCGGUUGCAAAGGAAGUUAAAAGUAACUGAAUUUUAACCAACAGGUAAUUACUUGACUCUAGCCAUCUUACAAACAGGCCAAACCGUACUGGCAUCAGAUGUACAGAAGUCAAAACAGUAAGCUUAAUCCCCUGCCACUCCCCACCCCCAUUUCUACACAAAGACAUAAAUAAAGAAAGCAUUUGUGUUUGGGAGAACCUGAAGCCCUUUGCAGCAAACUCAUGAUUUCGUAUAACUAAAGACUUGGUUAUAACUAGCAAUACAUUUCUCAUCUGGAAGUCUAGAUUCUAUUCAACUAUAUUCAUAAACCACACAGGCAUCUCUUCUUCCUCUGGGAAGUUACCUUUGGUGCUACUCAUUCAAAAGCCUGACAGUAGUUAGACGUGGGUGGGGUCGGAGAAGUGAGGUUAAGAUUAAGAUGUAAUACAGAAUACACUCCCUAUCCUAGCUGAGUUUUAAAAUACCCAGGCAGGGCCCUGAACACUAAACUGGCAGGGGCACAAGAAUCACAGACAGUAAACACGUAUUCCAAGAAUGUGUACGAUUCACGGUUGGCGGCACAAAAGAGCGCAGAUAGGUUAUACAUCCUCUUAGCGCCAUGGCUGAGUUUUAAGAUUCAGAGAUCCAUCCAACCUUCCUGCUCUCCAUCUGGUUUCCUCUUCGGCCCCCUCCCUGAGCUUCUGAACAAGUAGAAGCAAGUAUUGGUUUCUAGGCAUCUUGGUGUCAACAAUUCUUUUUCUGGUUCCCCACUCAAGAGGGGAUUGGUCGAUUUCCAAAGUGCAGGAGAAAAGAUCUGUGAGCCACUGUAGGCCUCUGGCUCUCCCAUCACGCACGAACCACUCAGCAGCCACUGUCUUGAGUGACAAAUCUUCAUGCGGGAGGCCCAGGAGUGACCCUUGCUUUCUGGGAAGAAGAGAGACUUAAAAACCAAUCAACCCACUCCUAGCUACCAUUAACUGGCAACCCCAGCUCCAGGUAGCUCACCAGUCAGCAGAGCAGUUUCAGUUCACUCAGGCUGCUCUUCUUCCCAGAACCACAGCUCUCUAACACUGCAAGGUGCUCGGAAAGACUAGCCCUGCUGCUGGCCUAUGGUUCAGCACUAUGCCUGGAAGGACUCAGGAAUAAAGAACCUUUCAGGUCCUAUAGUCCCAACCCAAAUGGCCACGGUAGGACCCAAAAAUGAUGGAGACCACCGCCCUGCUGACCCAGCCCCAUUCCCCAGUGCUGGAAUUACAGGCAGGUGGCACCACAGUGAGUCCCUUCUAAAAAUGUUAAUAGAACUAGCCCACUAAAUAAAAGACCACACUCAAUCGAAUAUAAAUUUGUCUUUAUUGAAGCAGCAGUCACAUGACCUUAAAUCUAACCUUUAGGCCUGACAACAAGCCAGCCCUAAAAAAAAAAAAAAAAAAAAAAAAAAGAGUGUUUCUGUUUGCACUAAGAGACAUAACAUGUUAACAUACAUUAUCCAGUACUGGAAAUGAGCAGCCUCAAACACGUGUUGGUUAUAUGGGUGACACAGACCCACUGUCCAUGGCGUUCAUGUUUUACAGAGACUCCCAAAGACCAUUACUAAUAAGACGGAAGAGAAAAGAAAAUACAGUCACACCAAACCAUGGACACAGUAACCAAAGACAGCAGCUUACAAACGCUUUUACCACUGUCCCUUCUGGGGACAUCUUCUUUCCAUAGCAGUAUCUGCAGAACGUCCUCUACAUUAAGUCCAGGGGUUUCCAGGCCAGAAGCUGCCCCUCCUGUCUAUACAUCAGAGCAAGGUCAUUUCAAAGAAUGAGAGUUGUGUGUUCGUAACAAAGAUUCGUGUUUCCCCAGUUAGAGGAGAGGAUAGGUGACGUGACUAUAUGUUGCAAUGGCAAAGUAGGCAGAGUAAAGAAAGAGGAGUGGGCACUGAAAUAAAGACCACACACUUGUGAAUUUUAAUUUCAUUUCCAGGCUAACCUACAUUUUAUUUAAUGCAAAUUACAGUACCAGUUAACUAUUUCCAAACCAAGUCACAUAGAACGAAAUGUAUUUACAAGGGAAUGGGGGAAGGGAAAAAAACAUUGAGCAUACUUUCCACAAAAAAGUUUAUAUUUAAAAUGAAAAAAAAAACAUUCAGUCACAGAGGCAUUCAAGUAGUAAUGUUAUACAGCGUUUGCUUUUCC